CUGUCCUCUCCCGUCUCUGGAGCAGACAGUCAGUGGAGCAUCGGCACGGCAUCAGAGCGGCACAGGACUGACGGAGGAGGACGAAGUCGACAACUGCUGACAGAAAACAAUUAAGAACAUUUACGGCAGAACAUCAAUUGUAAUACAGUUGAAAGCAGAGCAGAAGCAACAGAUUGUCCUCACUUGCAAUUGCUGCUACAACUGAUGUUCUGGGCUUGGAAAUGAAGCAGACUGGGAACAGCUCCUGGCAUCUCGUGGUCAGUUUCUCUGUCUGAAAGAAAUGCUUUUGCUCUGUACAAAGAGGAAGGAAUUAACAGUGCUGAGCGACAGGAACCAAAAGCUUUGAUUCAGUCGUAAAGCAACACGUUGCUGGGCGUCAGCACCACCUCCACCAUCAGUGUCUCCUCACAUCCACAUCUUCCUUUCUACACUGGGAUCUAAGGAAGAAAUUCGAGCUUUGAAUGCACAAACAGGAGGAUGUUAGACUGGCAUGCAGAGUGCAGAGUUUAGGGAGUUUUGCUGUGAAUCAAAGAGCAAGAUCUCGUUUUAACGGUGCAGGUGAGAUCGGGUGCCGUCAGUAGUUCCACCUGACUCUCAUUUUGACUUCUGACGACAUGAGAGACAUGAAAAGGACAAUGCACAUGAGGAUCAACAAACCAGAAGCCAAUAACUAGAGGAGAGAUGACAGGAAAAGAGAGACCUAACCCUGGAGCACACGGUCACAGAUAGAUCCAUAAUUAUUCUUUGAAACUAUUUACCUGAUCAAAAGUGAGCAACCUUGACGUAUAUCUUUCCACAUUUCAGAUUUCUAUCAUGUUUUUGCACCAGAGGACAUUAAUUUCACAUACAGAGAAAGACGAACAGCAAAAACUUUAGUUCAUGUCAACUUGUGCCACCAGUCAGUGCAAGUAACUUUCUGCACCGAUUCAAGUCGGUGUGAGUGCCUUGGGGCUCUCAUUUGACUGUUCUUUUUGGAGUGAAGUGGAUCUGCCGUGGGGGGCAGCUGACAACCAUCCAAGACGCCGCGAGCCGUACUCCGCGUGAAAAAUGCCCAGCCGCGCUUGGCCAAGCCGGCCGACCCGGGCCCGACGACGGGCCUCUACAUGGAGAGGUCGCAGAGCCGCAUCAGCCUGUCAGCGUCCUUUGAGGCCCUCGCUAUCUACUUCCCCUGCAUGAACUCCUUUGAUGAGGAUGAUGGAGUGGAUACAGAUGGCAGGAAGUUGAAGGGAGCUAUCCAGAGGAGCACAGAGACGGGGCUGGCUGUGGAGAUGCCCAGUCGAACUGUUCGCCAGGCUAGCCACGAGUCCAUAGAAGACAGCAUGAACAGCUAUGGCUCCGAAGGGAAUCUUAACUACAGUGGCAUGUGUCUGGCAUCCGAUGCUCAGUUCAGUGACUUCCUGGAUGGGAUGGGACCAGCCCAGUUUGUUGGGCGACAGACACUGGCGACAACAUCCAUGGGUGAUGUAGAGAUUGGACUGAUGGAGCGGAAUGGGGGACUGGAGGUAGAGGUCGUCCAGGCCAGAGGCCUCACCAUGAAACCAGGUUCAAAGGGACCUCCAGCAGCCUACAUUAAAGUUUAUCUUCUGGAGAAUGGAAUCUGUGUGGCCAAGAAGAAGACGAAAUCAGUGAGAAAAUCUCUGGAUCCUCUCUACAACCAGGUCCUGGUCUUCUCUGAGAGUCCACAGGGGAAAGUGGUCCAGGUUAUUGUUUGGGGCAACUAUGGACGGAUGGACCGCAAAUGCUUCAUGGGUGUAGCUCGAAUCCUACUGGAGGAGCUGGACCUCAGCACAAUGGUUAUCGGCUGGUACAAGCUUUUCCCUACCUCCUCCAUGGUGGAUCCAACAAUGGCACCGCUCAUCCGCCAUUCAUCCCAGAUGUCAUUGGAGAGCACCAUUGGGCCCUGUUGUGAGCGAUCAUAAGACUCACGCAGAAAUGUAUAGUUUUGAUGUUGCGGCUAAGUUUCCAUUGCUUCAACCAAGUACAGAGUUUUUGUAAACCCUGCAUUGCUGCACCUGGGUCAGCCAGGCAGUGCUGUCCCUGGAGCAGGUAGAUGUAAAGUAUCUCACUCAAGGCUACUUCGACAGGCCCAGCUACACUGGGGAAUGAAUCACUUCCCUAAUUUGGAAAUCAAUUUACAAACCAGUUGGUCAUGCUGGUUCUCAUUGGAAAUGUGUUAUAAUUCUUUGAUAUUGUAUCAGACUAUUUCCCGAGACUCAUGGGAAGUACAUUUCUUUUGUUGUUGCAACCGACCGCCCCUCAGACUUGAAGGAAUUUUUUUUUCUCUUCAGAGCUCUAUAAAGAAAAAACAAAAACCUUCUUAAUGAGGAUACUUCAAAGAAGGGUUUGGUUGCCGACAUUGAUUACAUCCUAUUGGGACCACGAUAGACUCCAGGCUCAGCUCGCUUCAGCUACAGCCCUUCUUUACAGCCUACAUUCAAUUCCCCAUCCCAGGACUGCUUGUUGUCUUUCUGUGUCUUCAUUAAGGGGCUGGGCAGCUUCUGAGUGUUAUUGUCUACCCACGAGUCCUAGGAGAAAGUGAGACUGUCCUCAAAUUGUUUGACAAACCACCAUCUCAUUUUGAGGGAGCAUUGAUGGCGAAUGAAUGUGUGCAUAGCAACUUGAGAGGCUUUCAAAGAAUAUAUAAAGUUAAGUGUUGUAACUGACCAAGACAUUACCUGGUUUUUAGCACUUGACCUGUAUUACAUUUCUUGUGUCACAUGUUUGGCCCAUCAUUGUUCACUUUAUUUGGUCAAAUGUAGAGAAUCUGAGAGGUAGAAAUAUGAAUGAAACCCCCAUCAUCUACUGGAAGGAUGAAGAUUUGGACCUGAUUUUGUGGGUCAGGGCUAGUCCUGGCUUUCUCUCCUGUUAACUACAUUUACCUGGAAUACAAGGUAUAAAGUGGUCAAAGAGUGAAUUUAUAUGGCUUAGAAGAAGAACUACCACAUUAUGAGUUUUUUUAAAAAAACGUGUCUCAUUAUAACCCCAAAGCAUGUACUUUUUAAAUUGCAAUGAAUCUUGGUAUUAGCUGAUUUUGCAGAUUGUUUUGUCACCAUUUUUGGAAGGUGCUUUUCAAUCACAUCAGUUACUGUUGUGUUUGGAAUCAAGCACAUAAAAACAUGUAUCCUUUGGGUUUAAAAAAAAAAUAGCUGGGUGUUUCUUGAAUUAACAGCACACCGAUUAUGUUCAAUUAGAGAUUUCCAGAGUAUGGCACCAGAUGUAAUCAAAGUCCACCAACCUGAAUCACUUCAGGCGGUGUGAUAUGUGAAAACAUUUGACUCCUUCCUCUUGAAUAUCGUUAUGAAAAUGCUAGUUUGAUAGUUUCACAACCACACUAAAUUGGAUUUUAUGCAUGCAUUAUAUCGUAUUAGAUUAGAAUUAGAAUUCAAACCAAAUAACCAUAAAUGCAUGAUCUUAGCAUGAUUAAAUUAUGUUAACCUUUAUGAGGACACCAUCUACAUAGGCCUGGCAAGAAACAACCAGGGUUUAAUGGGCUCAUGUUGAAGGUGUUUUAUUCUUAUUUAGUUUAAUAUAGUUUUCACAUUCCACAUUCACAUGGAAUACAGGAGGUAGUUUUGUAUCUGAGCUGUAGCACUGACAAACAACAAGCAAAUGCAAUAGCAAUCUGACGUCACUGACUUAACACAACUACAUCCCAGUUUAAGUGUAGUUUCUUUUUAGCUAAUACUGUAGAAAUAGAUUCCUCCCUGCUAUUUUUAAAGCGUUGGCUAACAGUUGUCUAAUAACAGUUUAUACUGUGCCAAUUUUUACCAGCAAGUGUCUUCUUCUUCCUUUUCUUCAAUUACCUUGCGGCAUGUGCCAUUAUGAGGGAGGCACAAAAACAACCACUUAUAACAUCUGACAGCAACAUUCUGGCUGUGCAGAGAAUCACCCCCUUUAUUCUAAAUUACAGUCCUAAUCCACAGAACGUCAAGGCACCUGGUGAUUAGCCAUGCUACCACUCAGUACAGAGGAAAAAAGGAAAGAGAGGAAGGAAGCAUGAAAUGUACUUUGCAUCAUCCAAACAAAGGGUCUGAGUGGACUGGCGUCAGGUUUUGUGGACUUCAGAAAAGGACACAAAAAUAGGUGGAAUUAAAGGAAACACAAUGUGCACACUGUAGAGAAAUUCAUAGUUUAUUGAAACGCAAAAGCAUAUGUAUUUCAUUUGGGCACUUUAUGAUUCUUAAUGUCUUUUUAUGUGUAAAUAUUGUUAAUGUCUUCUGGAGUGAGCCAAAGUUAACUUAUCAUGGCUGAGGUGGUUAAUGUCAAAGCUCUGAAAGAGGGAAGUGAUAUUCUUGUUAGUUACUGUAAGAUUGUAGCAUUAGCUGGUAGCAUUCGCAUGACUAAUUUAAACUUCUAAUUAACAAACAACUUGAUAAGACUAAGCAUGAACUACAUGCUACACAGCAGGAAGACUAGUGAAAUACAGUACAUUGGGUUAAGACCCAAUGAUAGUGGGGGUCAAAAUAUGUAGCAAAUGUAUUUAGAUAAUGAUAAAGGUGACUAAUUGUUUUUUUUUUCUAAAUUAAUAAAACAUUCUAAUAUGAAGAUUUUAAGCCAGUUUAUUUCAUUAAUUAAUUUAUUGU